AUGGACGGUGGCACCAGCAGCACUUCCACCGGUACUCAGGUGAAGAAUUUCAUUGAAAAUACACCUCACGUUCUGGAGGGACGCCGACUGCAAACAAAUUCGGAGUAUCAACGAAGGUUGAAGUAUCAAGCUAAUGCCGACUUUGAAGGGAAUGAACUGGUGAUGGCGGGGAGCGUGCCUAACACCUUUCAUCACAAAAAGGGGUCUCCUGCCAGAACCAAGGACCUGAUAGGAUCCGCUCUUAUGGAAGAAACAUCCCAUGUCACCACUGAUGAGCCGCCAAUAACGACAAGCACCUUGAGAGGUAAACGUCUAAGUCUCCCAGAUCACACUCAACAACCGCCGCCUCAAUUUAAUAUCUCCGAUAGUGUUGAUCUUCCAGAAAAUAGUAAUGGCGGUGAUAAAACUGCCGACUGGAUGCCUGAUGGGCUCGACGAAAAAUGGGUUACUGAUGAUAAUGUCGAAGGCGAUGAUGCUCGUGAGGAGACACCGCUAGAUAUACCUUCAGGUGAAACAAUGAUUAGAAAUUCUGUCGAAGCCGAAAUCCCUCAAUGGAAGGUCGUCCAACAAGAGUUCCAAAACGGCCAGAAGGAUAGAUUCAACAAAUUCUUUGAGGAUGCCGAACCAGACGAGCUGAAUCUGCUGACAAUACUGGGUACCAACGAUAACGGCAAUUUUGGUGACCAAAACAACAUUGGUCGUGGCCAGUAUCAAUUUCCGCCAGGGACCCAGCUGUCCCCAUUGAAAGAGUCCCCAAUUAAGUUAUUCCAAGAUGAUUACAACACUUACACAAAGAACAGAAUGGAUGGUUGUAUUCAUAAAUUCAAGACUAAGAAACUGGGCGAAUCUCCUCAGGAAUCCAACAAAGCUGCACCACAGGCCCCUGGCCCAAUACCAGCGGCGCCGUUGGAUAGUAAAGGUUCUGGUCCAACUCUCGAAAAGUCAUCCAAGCAACCAGCAGACUAUAUGAAAGAUGGUAACGAUUUGUUGCGUCGGAUACAAGGUCGAGGUUAUCAAGGAAACCAUAAUGCUUACCCAUCAAUUUCCAAUCUGAUGACGACGGCAACACUGACUCCAAAACCAAAACGGAUAACAGCUGACUUUGGGAAUGAUGGUGACAUGCUGUGGACGUCGCUGGAAUCAUUUGAUAACGACGAUGAUAUUAAUACCCUAAAGAAAAAUAAUCGUGACACGAUGGCAACGAUGGAAAUGGUUAAUGACAUGAGUCAUUCAAGACAAGAUGAUGAAUACACUGAUAUAGAGCCGCUACCAGGGCGUCUUCAGGAUGAGAUAAUUCACGAGGAACAAGAAGAUGAUGACCAAUACACCAACGAUUCUGCUGACUACGAUCAGUACCUGGAUAGUGAGAUUUUUGAAGAAAUACCAGCUUCAGCGCCAAUAACCGCAUCACAACCUUCAGCUUUCAAGACACCAGACACUGAGGAUGUCGAUACGAACGAUCAGAUUCUCAAGCGUCUUGAAAUAUUGGUGACCGCAAUACAAGCAGCUAACUUUCCUGCCUUGACCGACACUAUCGAAAAAUUAGCUGUUCAAACCCAAAAAGCUGAAGCCAGCAAUGGCACGGAAGUGUUGGACAAUGCUGAGGUUCUGACAGAGUUUCCGCCAGCAACAAACUUUGAGGAGGUGAGCAGAAUAAUCCAGUUCAAGCGAAAACUGCAACUUAGCUUACGCCCUCAAAACAACCAAGGACGCGAACUAAAUUUGAGCAAGGCUCAUAAAGAGCGGAAAAUCAAAAACAUUCCCCCAGGUACGUAUGCCACCAGUGUAGGUGGCAUGCGUUUUGAUUCAUCGAGGCAACUGUGGAUUGGAGCUCCUGAAGAGACAGUUUUGGAUCAAAUCGAAGAUCUUCAGAGUGACAACGAAGUCGUUGCUCUGAUGCAACCUCUGGCGAUGCGAAAGCUGAGAAGACGUGCUGGAAAUCUCGAAGUUCUGUUUGUUGGGGCACUCGAUGAAGGUGACGUGCUGCGUGUUCUGAAUGUACUGCGAGUUCUGAGCAGAUUCAACCCUGAGGUAACUCGAAUAAGCCAGAUAGGGGACACCCUGUACGGACAAAUGAGACAAGCGUUAACAAGCAUACUUGGCGAAGUCUUUGCUGAUCGUAACCUGUCUGGUGAUUUGCAGCUGAUUGAAGAAGUCGAUUUGGCCUCGCAUCGUUUGGAAAGUGUCAAAGAAUUGAAAGGGUUUCUUCCAGGACUCAAGAAAAUUAAUCUCAGCAAAAAUCGUUUGGUGUUUCUUGAGGGGGUGAAUUCUGGCGUUAAAGAACUUGAUGUUCUGGAUAAUAUGUUGAAUAACUUGACGACAUUCGCCCACUUGACGAAGUUGUACCGACUCAAUGCCGCCAGAAACCAAAUUCUUGGUUUCAGUUGCCUCUCCACUUGUGAUACGUUGCUGAUUCUCAAUAUUUCUGGGAACAAAAUCACUUCACUCAAGGGUGUAGAGCGUCUUGUGUGUUUAACUGAGCUCAAUUGCCUGCAUAACUCCCUUACGAAUGAGGUUGACUGCUCCAAACUCAAAUUACCUAACUUGAUCAAAUUGAAUUUGCUGAACAACGAGAUCACAUUGGUUACUUCGAUUAAUGCCUUGCCGAAAUUAGUGGUGCUCAAUCUCAAUGAAAACAAGCUCACCAAAAUCACUUGUGAAACGCGGCAUACCAAUCUCAAGAAGUUGGAGCUUAAAUUCAAUCAAAUGCGUAUUCUCAACUUGAGGCCAUAUCCCCAGCUUCGCAUUCUCCGCAUUGAUGGCAAUGCACUUGGAGUCAGUGAUUUUCAUCGUCUUAACAACUUGGAAGAGCUUCUGGCCAAGUGUCAAUCUAGUCCCAACAUUGUCGACCUGGUUGUGAAAGGUGCUUGUGAUGUUCGAAUGCUCGAUCUCUCCGGGAACCAGUUCUUCGAUAUUAUCUAUUUUUCACAUAAGUCCUUUGAGAGGGGAGUGCAAGCCAAUCUGUUUAAAAACUUGAAUAAGCUUGUGCUUGUCGCCAUGGAUCUCUGCAAAAUUCCGCCACUGUUCUCUAACAUGUUCCCUAAUGUGCGACUGCUCAACCUAAAUUUUAAUCGGUUGACCGAUAUCAGCGGGCUCAGUGAAUUGCAGAAUCUCAAAAAGCUUUAUCUCGUGUCGAAUGAAAUUCGACGGGUCAAACUGGUGUGUAAUGGAUUAACGGGAGCCCGCAACAGCUUAAAGGUGCUUGAUUUACGACUCAAUCCAUGCACAGUUGAUAUGUAUCCUUAUGUGUUUAGUCCCGAGGAAUCAAAGGGCAACUCCAACUCCUCGACGACAUACAUUCGUCUUGAUCGCCCUGAUGACAUUGACACCUUUGUGAUUCACUACGAUACUAUCAACCGCAAUGGCGAGCCAGAGUGGAACAAACGGGAUGCCGAGUACAUCAAGAGACUGGAAGCUAACUACACAAGGCGUAAAAAGUACGAGUUGUACAUGUUGGAAUUCUUCAAGCAGUUGCGGAAAUUUGAUGGUACCACGGUGAGUUCGACGCGACGGAAAGAUUUAAUGGAAGAGUAUCAGCAGAAUUCCAUUGAAAGUUCAGGCUCUGCAACCAUUAGCUAG